AGUCGUAUGGGUUCCACUUGGGGACAGUUAAGAAUUUUAUAUUAUAUUUUCACAUGUUUACUAGUGAAAAUUAAAAUGUUGUCUUGGGUUCUAAACUCAACUCUUUCUUUUUAAAUUAUUUUCUGUUUAUCAAAAAUUUGCUUCUAAUAUUUCAUCAAAACAAGUAAUCUCUGAUACAAGAUUGAAUUGAACCCACAAAAAUGAGUUUCCUCAAAUCACUAUUGACUUUCCGAAAUUCCAAAUCCAUGAGGGUCCAAGAUGAUAUUGAACUCAAAAGUCCCACAGGAAUCAAGCAAGAUGGUAUCAUCAAACACACACACAAAGUUUCCAAGAAAGAUAGAGAUGAAUUCACACCAGGCUGCUUGAAAGGUGAAGUCCUGUCCCGGGUCUUUGCCGAGGACUACCAGUUAAUAGAAACAUCAAUUCUUGAUCCCAGAGGCCCCGUGGUGCGGCACUGGAACGAGCUAUUUUUAGCAGCCGGCAUGAUCUCACUUUUUGUUGAUCCUCUCUUCUUGUUCUUGCCAAAAAUGACCCCUGACUUGUGCAUUGAGGCCUCUGUAUCAAAACUCCAAGUGAUUUUGACAGUUUUGCGAAUAUUGUCAGAUCUCUUUUAUGUGAUCAAUAUUUUAGUACAGUUUCGAACAGCUUAUGUUGCGCCUUCUUCGCGUGUGAUUGGGAGGGGAGAGCUUGUUAUUGAUCCUUGGAAGAUAGCGUACCGGUAUCUUCACCGGGGAUUUUGGAUUGAUCUUUUGGCUACUCUUCCCUUUCCACAGGUUAUGAAUUGGGCAAUCAUCCCUUAUGUGGCCGGUUCAGUGUCUUCAAACUCAAAAAUCGCCCUUAGGUGCAUCCCCCUUGCACAGUUCCUUCUGAGACUAUUUCUUCUAUACCCUCUCUCAUGGAAGAUUAUCAAAGACACUGGAAAAAUGACUGAAACGGCGUGGGUGGGCGCUGCUCAUAACAUGCUGCUUUUUUAUAUCGCGAGCAAUGUUUCAGGUGCUUGUUGGUACCUUCUAACUAUAGAACGACAAGAAGCAUGUUGGAGGAGUGUGUGUGAUCUUGAAAACCCGCCUUGUGUAUAUGAAUUUUUUGAUUGCAAUACGAUCAAUGACACUACUAGGAGUGCUUGGUUUGCAGCAACUAAUGUUUCAACUCUAUGUAAUCCAAGCAAUACAUAUUAUGAAUAUGGAGUAUAUGCCUUGGGACUAUUAAAUAACGCGCCGUCUGAAGUGUUUGUCAAGAAGUACUUUUUCUGUUUUUAUUGGGCACUUCAGAGCCUAACAUCUAUAGGUAAUAAUCUCGCGACAACUGGCUAUGUCGGAGAGAAUAUCUUUGUCAACCUCGUUGCCGUUUUGGGGCUUGUUCUUCUUGCAGCCCUUGUAGGAAAUAUGCAAAGGUACCUCCAAUCAACAUCACUGCGGUUAGAAGAAUCAAGGCAGAAGAGAACUGAAACUGAGCAGUGGAUGCAUUACAGGCAAAUACCUCCAGAGCUAAGGCAAUCUGUUAGAAAGUAUGAUCAAUAUAGGUGGGUGGCGACACGGGGAGUCGAAGAAAAAACCAUCAUCAGUGCCCUCCCUAAGGAUCUCCAAAGGAAAAUCAACAAUCACCUAUGCAACAAUCUCGUUAGAAAAGUUCCCCUUUUUGAUCAGAUGGAUGACAAAAUGCUAGAUGGGAUAUGCGAGAGGCUGAAAGCGGCACUAUACACUGAAGGCACGUUUUUGGUUCGCGAAGGUGACCCUGUUAGAGAAAUGUUAUUUAUCAUUCGAGGCCAUCUUGAUUCCUACACCACCAAUGGAGGACAGAGAGGAUUUUUCAAUUCGUCACGUAUAGGUCCAGGAAACUUCUGUGGGGAGGAAUUGCUGACGUGGGCACUUGAUGGGCCAAGAAGUGUCCUCCCAUCGUCAACACGCACGGUCAAGGCCAUUUCUGAGACUGAAGCAUUUGCUCUCACCUCUGAGGACUUGAAAUUUGUGGCACUGCAAUUUAGGAUGCUUCAUAGUAGACAACUGAUACAAAAAUUCCGGUUUUACUCUCACCAAUGGAGAACUUGGGCAGCUUGCUAUGUGCAAGCAGUGUGGCGAAGACAUCAAAAGCGCAAGGAAUUAGCCCAUCACAAUGCCACAGAUGGUGGAAGAUGGUUCGAUGAGAUGGAUAUUUUUGUGCCACAACCCGGGUCUGGCUUGGAAGUUUAUGCAGCGAGGUUGAUAACGAACAUUAGGAUGGGCGGAAGCAAGCGUUUUGAGUCUGAGGAGAGUGGAGAGAGGCCUAAUGAGUUCAAUUAUGAUGAGAACGAGGAAUGAACGAAAGAAAUGUGGACCGUAAGGUUGUGUAGGUCAUUUAAAUUAAUAUGUCCAUUAAUAUUGUCAUGGCAAUUCUCUGUGGAACUAUCAGUAAGCAGAGUAAUAAGCUUAAAUGAUUGUAUUUGUACGCGGUCACAUGUGUAUGUAUGUGCAUAAAUGAGGGAAAGAAGAAGAAGAAGAAUGGCCGCUUACAAUUUGCAACUAAAAAUGUAAUUAUAAAGUUGGGACUGCCCAGUUUGGAUGAAACAGUUUUACUAGAUUUCGGCUACUAGAAAGCUGCUUUAGUUUUCAAA